GCCUGGACUUUGGCAAACUUGGUGAGGCAAGUGAGCCAGGCCUUGUCCAGCCAGCCACAGGUGCAGAGCUUGCUCAUUUAGUCACUGUCACAGCCACCAUGACCAGGAGGACCUGGGAGCUGUACCUGCUGCUUCUGCUGGGGCUGGGGCUGAUGUCCCAGGAGGCCCUGCCCCCACCGUGUGAGAGCCAGAUUUACUGCCAAGGGGAGCUCCUGCACCAAGUUCAGAUGGCCAAGCUCUACCAGGAUGACAAGCAGUUUGUGGACAUGUCCCUGGCAACAGCUCCAGACCAAGUGCUGCAGCGCUUCAGAGAGCUGAUGGAGGUCCACAACCGCAGCGUCCCCAGGCAGCAGCUGCAGGAGUUCGUCCAGCAGCACUUCCAAGAUGUGGGGUUGGAGCUGGAGCCCUGGACCCCUGGGGACUGGAAAGAGAGCCCCAAGUUCCUGCAGAAGAUCUCGGAUGCCAAGCUGCGUGUGUGGGCAGAGGAAUUGAAUCAGAUCUGGAAGAAGCUGGGGAAGAAGAUGAAACCAGAGAUUCUCAGCCACCCUGAGAGGUUCUCGCUGAUCUACUCAGAACACCCUUUCAUUGUGCCUGGAGGGCGCUUUGUCGAGUUCUAUUACUGGGACUCCUACUGGGUCAUGGAGGGUCUGCUUCUCUCUGAGAUGGCUGAGACGGUAAAAGGCAUGCUGCAAAACUUCCUGAAUCUGGUGAAGACCUAUGGGCAUAUCCCCAAUGGUGGGCGCGUGUACUACCUGCAGCGGAGCCAGCCUCCACUCCUGACCCUCAUGAUGGACCGCUACUUGACUCAUACCAACGACAUCAGCUUCUUAGAGGAGAAUAUUGAGACCCUAGCCUUGGAAUUGAACUUCUGGACUGUGAACAGAACCAUCUCUGUGAACUCAGGGGGAGAGACCUAUGUCUUGAACCGCUAUUAUGUCCCUUAUGGGGGACCCAGGCCGGAGUCCUACAGCAAAGAUGAAGAAUUGGCAGAUACCUUGCCAGAAGGGGACCGGGAGGCUCUGUGGGCUGAGCUCAAGGCUGGGGCCGAGUCUGGCUGGGACUUCUCUUCACGCUGGCUUGUCAGAGACCAAAAUCCUGACCUGCUCAGCAGCAUCCGAACCAGCAAACUGGUGCCUGUGGACCUGAACGCCUUCUUGUGCCAAGCGGAAGAGCUCCUGAGCAACUUCUAUUCCAGACUGGGGAAGGACUCCCAGGCCACCAAGUACAGAAACUUGCGGGCACAGCGCUUGGCUGCCAUGAAGGCCAUACUUUGGGAUGAGCAGAAAGGCGCCUGGUUCGACUAUGACAUUGAGAACGGGAAGAAAAACCUGGAGUUUUACCCAUCCAACCUCACCCCACUUUGGGCCGGAUGCUUCUCUGACCCUGGUGUCGUGGACAAGGCUCUGCAAUACCUGGAGGUGAGGGGACAGGGACACAUCUGCCCCCCUGGAGGCAAGACUGGCCCUUCCUGACUGAGCAGGGACUUGGCAGGGGCAGCCACUCCCUGCUGUCUGUGCCUGACUUAGCCUGCAGGUCCCACUGGGGCCACAGAGGGGCAGCUGAGAAGGGCCAGGAAGGUAGCUUUUCAGCUGGCCCAGAAUUGGAUCAGAACCAACUUUGAUGCUACCCAAAAGUCAGUCAUGUAUGAGAAGGAGGAGAGCAUUCCCAUUGCUUUAUCUGGUAGGGAUAUCUUAGCUAGAGCAAAAAAUGGAACAGGCAAGAGCGGUGCCUACCUCAUUCCCUUACUUGAACGGCUAGACCUGAAGAAGGACAAUAUUCAAGCAAUGGUGAUUGUUCCCACUAGAGAACUUGCUCUACAGGUCAGUCAAAUUUGCAUCCAGGUCAGCAAACACAUGGGAGGGGCCAAAGUGAUGGCAACCACAGGAGGAACCAAUUUACGGGAUGACAUAAUGAGGCUUGAUGAUACAGUACAUGUGGUCAUCGCUACCCCUGGCAGAAUCCUGGAUCUUAUCAAGAAAGGAGUAGCAAAGGUUGAUCAUGUCCAGAUGAUAGUAUUGGAUGAGGCAGAUAAAUUGCUGUCACAGGAUUUUGUGCAGAUAAUGGAAGAUAUUAUUCUCACGCUACCUAAAAACAGGCAGAUUUUACUGUAUUCCGCUACUUUCCCUCUCAGUGUGCAGAAGUUCAUGAAUUCCCAUUUGCAGAAACCCUAUGAGAUUAACCUGAUGGAGGAACUAACUCUGAAGGGAGUAACCCAGUACUACGCAUAUGUAACUGAGCGCCAAAAAGUACACUGCCUCAAUACACUUUUCUCUAGGCUUCAGAUAAACCAGUCGAUCAUUUUCUGUAACUCUUCUCAGCGAGUUGAAUUGUUAGCCAAGAAGAUUUCUCAGCUGGGUUACUCUUGCUUCUAUAUCCAUGCUAAAAUGAGGCAGGAACAUCGAAAUCGUGUGUUUCAUGAUUUCCGAAAUGGCUUAUGCCGCAAUCUUGUUUGCACUGGUAAGUAGUUUUGUAUUUCUUUCACCCACUGUCUUCCUCUUAGUUCUGGAUUGCUUUUUCUUAUCUCACACAGUGUAGCCUAGACAUUGUCCAGCACACCCUACUACUCUUUCAGAAUUUCUGAAGUUGAGAAUGAAUUCUAGUCUGUAUUUUGGGUUAUUUGCUGCAUAUAGAGAAACAAACUAGGGGACAGGUGGAUGAUCACAUCAGACAAAGCAAAUAAAUUCAGUAACCUGUCAUCUCUGUACUUGGAAUCUAAUCUUAAUAUUAUAUGAGGUUAAUAAUCUAAGCUGAUGGGUAAAUAGAAGAACUUAGAGUAUUAAGUGAGAUAUAUGUAUAUAGAUAUGCUAAUCUCAAGUAUGUUAUUUGAUGAAUUUUUGCAUAGGUAUGCAUCCAUAUAACCAGUACCCAGACCAAGAUGUGGAAUUUUCAAGGUCUGGGUUUUUAUAAAGACACUGUUCUAGAAAUAAACUCCAACAUUUUCCUAUUAAAAUAUUAAAUUUGGUAAUUUAUAACAAUCAAGAAAAUGGCUAUAAAAUAUCUUGCAUUCUUCUAGAUUAGCUUGUUUCUCUGUCUUACAUCUGAAA